AUGCCCUCAUUACGAAGCACAAGAAGCGCAGAUAAGACUAAUCCUCGUCAAGAACAAGAGGAGGAGGAGGAGGAGGAAGAACAAUAUGACGAGGAAUUAGAUGAAGAAGAUGAUGAAGAAGCAGAAACUCGUUGUAUAUGUGGCCAGGCCGAUCCUCCUGAUGAAAAUGGUCUCUUCAUUCAAUGUGAAAAAUGUUCUGUCUGGCAACAUGGUUACUGUGUUUCAAUUUCUGAUAUAGUUCCAGAGAAAUACUGGUGUGAAAUUUGCAAACCUGAACUUCAUACAAUCAUUAUAAGGCCAGAUAGAAAAAUGACAAAGUAUUUGCCAGUACAACCAAAAGAGACUUCUUCUGCUUUAAAUAGACGGAAAAAUAGAAGAGCUGCUAGUGCUGGUACUACUAGUUCAAACGGGAAAGAUCAUCAAAGUAAGGAAAUAAAGAAAGAGGACCUUGAUGAAGCUGCACAAAGAAAAAGAAGAGAUAGGGGUGCUUAUAGCUCAAGAGAAGAUGCAAGAUAUGAAGCCCUAAUACAGAGAGUGAUGGAGGAGAGUAAAAAGGAUGCAAGUACAACAAGUGAACAAGAGGAUGAAAAGAGUCAAUCAAGAAGUUCAAGGUCAUCUAGAAGAAGACAAACAAGAAAAGAUGAUGUAGAUGGCGAAGAAGAAGAAAAUGAAGAAAAUGAUGAAAAUGAUAAAGAACCACACGAUGAGGAAGAUGAUGGUGUGAAGAAGGAAUUUGAAGAAAACCAUGAAGAUGAGAAGAAAAAUUCAUCUAAAAGGAAAAGAUCGGAAGAAGCUCCAGAUUCAGCAGGGAAUGCAAAUAUUCAACAAAACGGGCCUACAGACAACAAUGGUUCAAGACCAUCGUCAACUUCUAAAGCUGGUAAAGUAUCCGGAGAGUCAGAAUCCAAUACAGAAUCAACAUCAACAAAAGCUAAAAAACGUCCAAAAAAGGCCAAAACAAACCAUAAAUCACCUCAAAAGGAUAAAGAUUCCACCAUUGAUUUCAAUAAACCAACAAAACCAAGACUUCCAAACCAACGUACCACAAUGAACGAGAUGAGAAAAAGAGUGGCAGCUAUUUUAGAAUUUAUUGGUCGUACUCAAGUUGAUAUUGCAACUGAACAAGAUGAUAAAUCAGAGCUGACGAAAUAUGUUGAAGAUGAUGUUCACAAGGAAAAAAUUGAAAAAUUAUUUGAAAAUUAUAAUGGAAGUUUAGAAUUAAUGGAUGGUUUGACAAGAAAGUUAUUGAUAUGGGAAGAAAAAUACGGGAAAUUAGGUGAGAAAUGA